ACUCUUCUCACAUCCACCACCACCAUCACCACCACGGCCACGACCACCAACAUAACUGACCACCUACCAUCUACCGUCGCAACCAAAAAAAAAAAAGAAAAUCAACAUGGAAUCCUCCGAACUCCACCUCCUCGACACCCCCCUCCCCUCCUCCUCCCUCCUCGCCCUUCUGUCUCAACACCUCCCUCACUCCCUCCCCGUCCUCCGCCGUCUCCAGUAUGCCGCCAACUUUCCCUCCAACGGCCUAGGCACGACUCCCUACUCUCAUGUCCUGUUUGCUUCCAAGCAUUCGGUUGAGGAGUGUCUGGGUCUCAACACAGCCACGGCCACGGCCACUCAAGACCAGCACAAUGGGUUCAAGGCGGAGGAGGAACACAAACAUUUUGCGGCGGCAUUCGUGGAUCUGAGCAGGUUCCCCGAAACCCAAGUGUGGGUUUACAGUACCCUGGAGGAUUAUGCGGUUAUUGAUCCAACAGGUGCAUCUGCAUCUUCCGCGGAGGUAUUCGGCUCGCAGUCGCAUAGCUUACCAGAGGAGGAAGCGAGGGAGUGUGAUGAGCUUUUGCUUACCAUCCUGCGGCGGAUGCGAACCAUCGCUCAACAAAUGCCCGUCGAGCUCGACCCCUCUAUUACCUCGCACCAACGUCAAGAAAAUUGGCGUGAGGCAAGGGAGUAUCUCUGCAUGGACCCCUCACAACAAAACAAAGGCUCAGGCUCAGGACCAAAGAUAAUGAUCGGUUCCCUAGCCGAAAUCCACCGCCACCGCUUAUUCCUAGACAUAGACAAGAAGCACGGGUACAAUGUCAAAAUGCACAAGACGGCGAAUAUUCCCGACGAUAUAGAGUGGGAGGUAUGUCAGAAGUGGUUAUUCCGCACUGAGGCUUUGGUGGCUGCUGGGGAAGAAGCCUUGGAGAAGACGAUGAAGGAGGAAGGGUUGGUGUGGGAUUGUGUGAGAAACCAAAAAGAUGUGAGGUUGGUACAGAGCCGGACGAGUAUCAAGAGGCAGGAGGAUACGCUUUUGGGACUUCCCAGCGUGGCUAUUCGCAAGAGUACGUCUAUUGGGGGAGAGGGAGAUGAGAUUUUGGGGGAGAUGGUGGCGUGGGGGUUCAUGGCGCUUGAUGGGACGUUGAUGACGCUGCAUGUUGAGGAACAAUACCGUGGAAAGGGACUGGCAAAGGCGGUGGCUUGUAAAGUCAUGAGGGAUCAUAUCAAGGAUUAUGGAAAUGACGGGUUGGGAGCGGCGGAUGUGUUUGUGCAGAACUUUAGGAGUCAGGGGGUUUGUAGGAGUAUUGGAGGGAGGGUUGGGUGGUUGUUGUCUUGGGCUGUUGUUGAUCUCUCGACUGUUGGGGAUGCCUUGUAGGCGGUUGGAGUACAAUGUUUUUGGAAGACUUGAUUGAGAAGGGGGGGGGGUUGGGGUGGUUUAGACACUUGAUUGAGACGCAUAUACAAGAUUUCUAGAUUUCAUACACCAACACCGUUUUAUUUUGUACACACAACAAGGCAAUUAAGCCUUAGCCUUAGUCAACCGAUGAAUCUCCUCAAAGAAGAACUUGAGAUCAUCCGGGUUAACAAACGGCGUAAUGCCAUGGCCCAAGUUAACAAUCCAGCCCUUGUGUCUGCCAUGCCAAUCAAAGCCCUGCACCAUCUCCUCGACGACCUUGGUGAUGGCCUCAUGGGAUCCGUAGAG